AUGAACUCCGGAGCUCUAUCUCUGGCUGCGACAGCCGGCUUGCCUGCCCUCUCCCCGAACGACAUAACCCAGUUGACCGAUGCUGAGUUAUGGCAGCAGCUGCAGGCCCACAGAUUGAAACAACCGCAUGGUCUUAUCUCCGAAAUUUUAUUAAAGAAUGCCUUGGAUCAUCUCGAUGCUGCAGCUUCGGUGGCCUCCUUGUCCAAGGAUGCAAAGGAGAAACCGUCGGAGAGUCAGGGGAGUGCGGAUACACAGUUGGAUACUCAAGCUCCAGCACAGAGGCUUGGAACAAGUUCUCCUCCCCAGGUCCCUCCUAAGGAGCUUGCCCCGAGAACCCCAGAGAAGGAGAAGCCGAUUGCCCCGAUGACCCCCUCGAAGCCAACUCCGAGCAUCUUCGCACCAGAAACAAUCCAUGCAAGCCCUCCGCCGGCCUCCCAGGCACACUGCAGGACACCGAACACCAAGGCAAAAAGCAAAGCCGUGCCCGAGAGCCCAAAACCGGAGCAUUUGUCACACAUGGCCUUGUCGCUGCGAAAGAAGCACAAGGAUUUGACAGACGAGGAUGUUGUGUCACAGGUGCCCCUAACCACGGACAAAGCGGCACCGCAGCCGGUGCUGGGCAAGGCCCAGUUAUCCGACCAAGCCAUCCGUAUGAGGUCUCAGCGAAUUUUUAAACGCCGAGCAAACGGCAGCCUAAAAGUGACGGAAGAAAUUUGGAAAGAGUGGCAUCAGCGGGGCUCUCGCAGAGCCCUGCUCGAAGAGAUCUUUUUGCAAUGUGGAUACGACCCUGCAACCUUCGUCUCAGAGGUGGAAGUCAUCCGGGCGGAGAUGCUGGAAAAUGAAGUUAUCAUUGAGGGCGAGUACGCCAGCAGUGAAACCAUGAGGUCUUGGGGCUUCUCUGAGCUGUUUACCUGCAACUAG